AUGAAACUCGGGUUGUUCGUCAAGAUAGCGCUUUACAGCCUGGCUACCACCUCGUACGGUUGGAGGCCAAAAGGUCAUGAGUGGCAUCCACCACUGCCAGGGGAUAGUCGGUCCCCUUGCCCUGGUCUCAAUGUCAUGGCAAAUCAUGGUUGGCUUCCUCGUUCGGGUAAGAACAUCGAUCUGGCCACACUCCGAGUCGCCGUGACAGGUGCCUACAACUACGCUCCCACUACAUUUGACAAGGCUUUUGAGCAAGCGAUAGCAUUCAACCUGACGACUACGGGAAACAGUUCGACCUUCAACCUCGCUGAUCUGGCAAAGCAUGACGACAUUGAGUUCGACGGAUCGCUAUCGCGCAACGAUUUCUACUUCGGGGAUGAUCUUCAUUUUGACCCUGUCAUAUGGGCGACUGUAGCCGAGAAACUCGGUCUGUAUGAACAUGGGGAUUCUGAGAAGGACAAAUACGUCACCGUAGAGACGGCGGCGAAGGCCCGCGCCGCACGCGUGAGGGAUGCUAUGAAAGUUAAUCCGACUUUCAACGCUUCUCUCAACGAAAUUUCUGGUAGUCCUGGGACAACAGCUCUUUACUUGACUACCUUGUGGGACACCAAGGCAGAUGCCGCGCCAAAAGCAUGGAUUAGGGCCUUUUUUGAACAGGAGCGUAUCCCAUUUCUUGAGGGAUAUGAGCUGCCUGAAAAACAGAAGACCGGCGCAGACAUCAACGCGAUGUUUGCAAGAGUUCAGUCAGUAAAUGUUUCAGUGCAACAUUGAAUGUGAUCGAGUUUUUUUCCAUUCCUUACGGUAAAAACGAUAUGUCAUUAUUGAUAGCACGAUGAUUUUGAUCAGAUUAUGAAAGCGCUCUCAGGUGCUAUGUAGAGCAAUCAUGAUAUAGUAGGGGUGGGAGAUACAAGCAAGAACUCACAUCUGAAA